AUGGCGAAUGAGCAGAAAGUUACUUUCGGGCCACAUGGUGGUUCAGGAGGGGAACCUUGGGAUGACGGAACCUACAACAUAGUAAGGGAAAUAAUUAUAUACUCCGCCUCUGAGAUUAGAACCAUCCAUGUUGUCUAUGAUGAUGGUGAAGGAAACCCAAUUAACGGAAAAAAACAUGAUCGUAAUAGCGGACAACAAAAUACGGUCAAAUUAAACUAUCCUUCUGAGUACCUUGUCUCAAUAUCAGGGCACAUAGAGAACAAUACAGAUCGUGUUGUGAAAUCUCUUACAUUACAAAGCAACAUAAGGCAAUAUGGACCAUAUGGUAAGGAAGAAGGAACUCCUUUUAUGAACCCGAUAACUUCUGGCAAGAUUGUUGGAUUCUUUGGAAGGCAAGGAAAGCCAGUAUCGGGCAAAAAGCAUGGUAGUGACGGCGGACAACAAAAUACGGUCAAAUUAGACUACCCAGAUGAAUUUCUGCUUUCAGUUUGGGGGUACCAUGGACAAGUUGAUAAAAUGGUCGUUAUUCGGUCACUUGGAUUUCAAAGCAACAAAAGAACAUAUGGACCGUUUGGCGUGGAGGAUGGAGAAAAUUUUGAAUUUCGGUCCAAUGCUAGUGGCAAGAUCAUUGGAUUUCAUGGAAGGUCUGACAAAUAUCUUACUGCAAUUGGAGCAUAUCUCGACAAGUGA